GUUAAUGAAGUUAUUAUUGUUGUUUAUCAGCGAGAGUCUGAUGGCGGAGAAGUUAAUGAAAACACUCAAACGAACCCGUCGAGUUUCCCCACAAUAACACGCACCUCGCUGUUUAGGGACGUUAUGUUAAACAGAAGUAUUACCCCGAAACACAUGUUCGCGCGGGGGGUAAUACACUCAUGGAGGAGGCGAGAACAACGCGCAGACGGGGUUGCAAGAGACUCGAGCCGCCGGACGCGAGCAUGAAGCGGGACGUCAGUAAAGUCCUGCGGCCGCUGCCUGUGGAGAACAACGACGAAGAUGAGCUUAUAAAGCAGGAGUACUGUUUCUCCAUGGGCUUCAGCAAGAAACCAGCAAGAGUGCCUCGGUACAGUCUGUUACGGGAGGUGGGUCGCGGUAGCUACGGUGUGGUGUACGAGGCUGUCGCCCGCAGCUCCGGCGCACGUGUGGCCGUGAAGAAGCUCCGCUGUGACGCGCCCGAGACCGUGGAGCUGGCGCUGGCCGAGUUCUGGGCCCUCGCCAGCCUGGAGAAACGGCAUGAAAAUGUGGUUCAUCUGGAGGAGUGCGUGCUGCAGAGAGACGGGAUGGCACAGAAAAUGAACCACGGCAACCAGAAAUGCAAACAGUAUUUGAGAUUGGUGGAAACCUCUCUGAAAGGUGAGCGUAUCUUGGGUCACUCUGAACAACCCUCUUAUCUCUGGUUCGUUAUGGAGUUCUGCGACGGUGGCGACCUCAACCAGUACAUCCUCUCCAGACGGCCCGACCCACGGACCAACCAGAGUUUCAUGAAGCAGCUGACCAGCGCUGUGGCCUUCCUCCAUAAGAACAACAUCGUCCACCGCGACCUCAAACCAGACAACAUUCUCAUCUCGCAGAAAUCCGGGACCCCCGUCGUUAAAGUGGCCGACUUUGGCCUAAGCAAGGUGUGCGCGGGACUCGGCUGCUUCGAUGAUGCGAGUCACGAGCAGGUAAACAAAAACACUGUGAAUGUCAACAAAUUCUGGUUAUCGUCAGCGUGCGGCUCAGACUUCUUCAUGGCUCCUGAGGUGUGGGAGGGCCACUACACGGCCAAAGCGGACAUUUUUGCGUUGGGUAUCAUCAUUUGGGCCAUGAUCGAACGAAUCACGUUCAUUGAUGCAGAUUCCAAACGUGAGCUCCUUGGCACCUAUGUUCGCCAGGGCGCUGAGAUCAUCCCGGUUGGCGAGGCCUUGCUGGAAAACCCGAAGAUGGUUCUCCACAUUCCUCAGAGGACCCGUAGCGUGAUGUCAGAGGGCGUCAAGCGACUCCUGCAGGACAUGCUGGCUGUCAACCCACAGGACCGGCCCGACGCCUUUCAGCUGGAGGUCAGAAUGAACCAGGUCACACGUGCGGCGUGAGCAGAAGUAACAGGCCGACUUAAUCGCACAACAAUAUAUCAGGUUUCGUGAGCAUUAAAAUACGGAAGUGCACGCUUAUGAGAAUAUCUAAAGGGACGUGGACCUUUAAACUCUCAAUCUGGUGAUUCUCAUGGAAAAAGGUGAAACGUAAAGACUUCUCUGUAGCAAAGAGACAUGACAUGGAAAAGCUAUGCAGGCUUCUUUUCUCUUACACAUCUUUAUGACUUCUGCAAUAUAUUCCUCAUAUAAACAUCUUCCAAAGAAACCUCACAUAUUCUUAAGAUAUGUUUACCUGCCAAUGUCUAACUCUCUUGUGUUGUCUGAUGUGGCAUCCACAUUUUUUGGAACAGACGUUGCACUAUGUCUUCAUACAAACAUAUCCUGUGAAAACUACCUACUGCCCCCGUAACAGAUAGUUUGUGAACUAGAUCUCUCAAACAAAACUGAGAAGGAAAUUAUAAUAAAGCUUGUGUAAAUGAAGACAUAAGUAUGUUAAGUACAUUAAUGUGAAUAUGUGGGUGACCCUGUCUCUAGAAAUGCGGAGUUAUUUUCAAUCCAGCGUUGGGUCAAAAAGGGACAAACCCAAAUGUCGGGUUAAAAUAACCAGGAAAAUGUUUAGAUUUGACCCAACAAUGGAAACAGACAAACCAACAUUAUGUUUUAAUUACAACCCAACGCUUGGAAUUGUUCCUUUUAGACCCAACGCUGGGCUGAAAAUAACACACUUUUUUUUGAGUGUAUGUGUGAAUGUUUGUGAUGUGAACAAUCGGCACCUCUUUCUGAUAAACACAUUGUGCCUUAGAUUUUUUUUAAGGCUGUGGGCUGUAUGUUUUUUUUUUAAGAUUUUAUGCAUGAUUUUACCUAAAGAGUUUUAUUUCUUUGGCUGUUUAAAGGUUUUUCAAACAGUCUAUUUGUAUUCUUAAAAAAUUCAAAGUUAUAUGUAAGAGUUUAAUGCAACGUGUGAAAAAUGUGUCAUUCAAAAAAACCGUGUUGUUUUCAAACAUUUAGCCAUCAAACAUGCACAAACAGUAUCAUGUACAAGACACAAAAACAUCAAUUCAUAUCGAUUUUUUAUCAGCAAUGCUUUUACUUUAGAUGAAUUUAGACAUACAUUUUUCAACACUGUUAAUAUUGUUUUUUAUCAAAGCAAACAACUUCUAUCAUGUGCAAUGUCACUUUUCACUACAGUCUUCAGAAUAUUUCUGAAUUAGAGAUUUACAUUAGCAUUUAGUCAUUUAGCAGACGGUUUUUCCAAAGCGACAUACAAAUGAGGUAAACAAAGUAAUUGGAACAACAAAAAGCAUAAGUGCAAUAAAACUGGUCCUAUAUAGCCUACCACAGUAUACAAAGCUAAGGAUUUUUGGGGGGGAUAGAAAGAGGGAUCCAUGUGACAGAAGGAUGUGAUAUUUACAAUCUGUGUCCAAGUCUAAAAUCUUGAGGAUUUUUUUCUUGUUGGCCGUUUAAACUCUUGUUUUGACAUGAGAUGUCAACAGCUGCAAUCUGUAAAUUUGCACUCUAUAUUGCAAUAUAUAUUUAAAACAAAAUUGCCUUUCACUUUACAUGUGUUAAAGUUAAAUGAUGUCAAAAUUGAUAUUUCCUGCAAAAUCGGACCCGCCGGCUUAAAUUAAAUCAUCAUUAUAAACUCACAAUUGUGAAUUGGGCAAAGUUUUUAACACUGUUUUAUCUAGUUGCUUAUUGAUAGAUUUGUGUUCAUUUUUAACAAAUGACCGAUUGCAGCUUUCCUUUUUAUACCAUGUAUUGCAUAGCUCUGUUUCUGUGCAUCAUUGAGUUAAUGUUACACUGUACAGUACUGUUUUGAGUUGCUGUUUAACACACACUACGUUACAAGAUAUUUAAGACUCAUGCAGAUUUCUAGACAUGACCUGUUCUCUUCAGAUCCAGAUCUGUGUUCAUCUAUGAUGAAUUAAUGGUUUAAUUGUUACACUCAUUUAAAUGGUGACCAUGUUCAUGCUCAUUGUUUGUCGACAAACAGCUGAAACAUCAGCGAGACAUCAGACUGUUCUGUGUUUGGUUUAUAGUGUCUCUACCUCAUUUUCACCAUCGCUUUCAUGUCACGUUUUAAUGUUAAGUUUAUUCACUUGAGGUUUGCGUAUAUUCAGUGACUGUUUUUAGCAAUAGUUCUGUUUUACAUAACUUUGUAUUUCACACUUUGUGUUAGAAAUGCAUGGAGUUCAGUUCAUUAUUGCAGUAAAGCCGAUGAGGCUACACAUUUAUCUUAUAUUCUGUUGUCUUGUCAGGGGUGGAGCUCGGUAGUUCAAGCAGUUCCUGAUAUACCUUAUCUUUUCGAGUCACAAUCCAUAGUUCUGAAAAUUUGUGUUUGUGUUCCCAUCUGUCACAAGAAAUGUGUAUUGCACAUUUAGAAACUUGCCUCAAAAGUACCAAAAAACCUGUGACAUGUUUGCCAUUUAUGCAUUUCCACUGUAAAAUGUUUGCAGGUCAAACUUAUGCAAUUUAACAGUUCUGUAGAAAACUCGCCUAACAGAAUGAAUCACUACAAACACACCAAACAGUCGUCUUUCUACUAAAACAUUUCUCCUUGUCAAUGUACUAUUUUUGGUUUUGAUGCUAUGAGCCAUGUUUUUGAAACCCUAAAUGUAGAAACUUAUUUUCUUGAAUAAAGGAAUACAAAUUUUGAGUUAUA